GAACGACAGAUUUGCGAAAAAACUACACGCAAUUACCAAGGCAAUAACUUACAACAUUCUGAGUCGAGGUGAAAAAAUACCUUUUUCCACUUUCGCAAAUUUCACAAAUUUUUGUUUUUAAGAACUAACAUUCAUCCCACCCGCAAAGGAUGAGUGUCGUCGGUAAGAAACUCUCCUCGAUAUCGGCGGCACAAAAUUCGGCCAAGGCAGGUGGUGAAAGUUCAGGAAAUACGAAUGAUCCUGCUGCUAAUCAACAUGUUCCUACGAAAUUGAUCACGCCCGACUAUGUGCUCAAAUUGAACAAAAUCACGGAUGACUAUCUGUGUGCUCCGGAUGCGAACAUCUACGACAUAGAUUUCACAAGGUUCAAAAUUCGGGAUAUGGAAAGUGGGGCGGUGUUGUUCGAAAUCGUCAAACCAGAACCAGUUGCUCCGGCCACUGAAUCUGCCCCAGUCGGUCAGACAUCAGAGGAAGGCAGUGUUCCUGUUGGAGUGGGUACCAAUCAGGACAACAAUUCAGCCACCGAAGAGGAAGAAAUUAUGGAUCCAAAUGCAGGACGUUACGUUCGCUAUCAGUUUACUCCUCAAUUCCUCAAGCUCAAAACAGUUGGAGCAACCGUUGAAUUUACGGUUGGAAAUAAAUCGGUUAAGAACUUUCGAAUGAUAGAAAGACAUUUUUUCAAAGACCGUCUGCUGAAAACAUUCGAUUUCGAGUUCGGCUAUUGUAUUCCUUUCUCGAAAAACUCUUGUGAGCAUAUCUACGAAUUUCCCACUAUCCCUCCGGAUCUAGGUAAGUGAUGAAUGGUAUUUUGA